AUGCGCCCCCGCGUUAGCCGUUGGCGCUCGAGCGCCGUGCGUGGUGAGCCGUUCCAACGUCAUUUUCUGCGAUGGGGCGCUAUCUCUCCCUGCUUUCCUUCCUCUCGAGCACCGCUAACAAGCCCGAGCGCACUACAACAACACACAGCCCUUCUGCCCGUCUCAACGCGUAUGGACUGUGGCCACACCGAAACCCCUCCCAGCUCCCCGGCUGUGCUGGCCCUGCGCAAGCGCCGCGGCCUGGAUAGCGCCGUGCUCUCCACGCCGCCUGCGCAGGCCAAGCAAGACACAAAACUCUUCCAGCAGCAGCUGCCGUCCCCGGUCACCCCCACGGCUUCCUCAGGCUUCCCCGCCCUCAGUCCCGUGCGCCCCUGCGACGCAGACCCCGUGCGCGAAGCGGUAUCGGAGAUCUGCUCCUCUAUCAACAACAACACAGACCUGGUCAACAAUCUGUCAUUCCAUACGUCGGGCCACUCCGCCGUCUCGAUACAGCAGGCGCGCGCGCUCCUCUCGCCCAUUGACCCCAUCCACGACCCCGAGUGGAAGACGUCCUCCACGCCGCUAGGCCGCGGCACCUACGCGUGCGUUUACGACCUGUGCAACGCCUCCCGGCAGGCCGCUUUCGCCCUGAAGGUGCCGCAAACCAGUCGCAAAAGCUCGCACAUCUACAAAGAGGCCACUAUACUGUCGCGGCUUCAAUGCACCCGCGCGCCCCUGUACGCGCCCGUCAUACCGUUCUAUGGCCUCACCUUGGUCAACAAGUCGCACCACAAAAAGCUGCGCAGCAACGAAACGGUCCCGGCCAUCGUGCUGGAGCGCAUGAACUGCUCGUUGAAGCACUUUUACACCUACAACACGGAGUUUGACAACACGCACUGGCGCGUCCUCGCGGAGAGCCUCCUGUCCGGCCUGCAGCUCCUCAAGUCCAGGAGCGUUGUGCAUGGAGACAUCAAGACGGAAAAUAUACUGAUGGACUUUGACAGUGACGCAAUGCCCCGCUACUACCUGGCGGACUUUUCGUCUGCGCGAGUGGUGUUCGCCGGUGAUACGCGCCCCCCUUCCCUCGAGACUACGCUCGAGUACUGCGCCCCGGAGCAGAUGUCUCAAUGCGCGAACUCCAGUUUCGAGACCGAUCUGUAUAGCGUGGGUCUCACGCUCCUCGCUGCGAUCACUAAGGCAGAGCCUUACGCCGAACUCAUGGCCGCUAUGACGCAUGGUGAGCCCGGCGGGGGCGCCUCCCUCCCACAAACCCAAUGGCUCAUGAGCGCUAUAUCGAAAAACAGUCCUCUUGAGUUUAAUGUUUUGCGCGAAGAGCUGUGGGUACAGUGGAGGAACGAGCUUGCCUUCCUCGCCCAGAUUCUGCAAGACAGAAUGCCACUCGAACAUUGCUUAAGAUCCCUUCAAGAUAUAUGA